UCUAUAAGUCCCUAUAAAUACUCUAGCAUCGAAGCUUAAGUUCCAACAACCUUAACCUUUGAACCCUUCUUUAAUUUCUUUCUUAAUUCACCUUCUAAAAGUCCAACCUUCGAUUACAAUCGGAUUCGAAUGCUGUGCUUUUAACAUUUAAGUGAAAUAUCUACAGGUAAUCAAGGGAGUUUCUCCUGUUACUAACAGUGUUCAAUACAGAGAACAUUGUGAACCAGGAUUUUUCAGCAUGGAAAAGGUGACAAGUUUGGCCUCAGAGAAAGGGGUAGUGCUAUUCAGCAAGAGCUCAUGUUGCAUGUGUUAUGCGGUCAAAAUCCUAUUCCAAGAGCUUAGGGUAACCCCUAUGGUUCAUGAGAUAGAUCAAGACCCUGAAGGCUGGGAAAUGGAGAAAGCACUCAAGAGGUUAGGGUGUAAUGGUCCUGUUCCAGCCAUCUUCAUUGGUGGGAAGCUAGUGGGUUCCACCAAUGAAGUUAUGUCCCUCCAUCUAAGUGGAGGGCUCUUACCUAUGCUGAAACCUUAUCAGACUUUGUGUUAAAUAAAAAAGUAAAACUUCAAAAAUAUCACAUUGUAAGAAUAAAAUUGGCUCAAUACUAGUCUCUCUGGUCAUGAGCUGUGAUUGUAUUACUCUGUAUGUAAUCAUCUAUGUUCUAUGUGUACCUGUAACAGCUUUGGAUUAGCUCGCAAGUCUCUACCAUGUAAUCACUUCCUAUUUCUUAAUGAAGUUAACUUAAUAUAA